AUGUCCACCAUCAUCCCCCCCUCCCCCCUCCCAGAAUACGUCUACAAAAUCAUCCCCACCCCACCUCCCUCACCCAUCCCAACUCCAUACCCCCUCUCCCCCCUCGACCAACAAGACGGGUUCGUCCACCUCAGCACCGCCAAGCAGAUACCCACAACAGCCUCCCUCUUCUUCACCACCACCCCCACUCUCACCAUCCUCAAACUCCGCCUGUCCAACUUCGAUCCGGCAAGCGUGAAGUGGGACGAGGUGCCGGGCACGAAUGGGUGUCCGCAUUUGUAUGGGAAUUUUGGGGGGGGGGAUGUUGUUGGGUGGAAGACUUUUCAGCGAGAGUCUAAGAGUGAGGGGCAGGAUGGGGAGGUGAAGAGUUGGAAGGAGGUUUUUGAGGAGGAGGAGAGGGGUGAGGGAUUUUUGGAGUAG